AUGGAUGCGGAGAGCCUCCUGCUGUCUCUGGAGCUGGCGUCCGGCAGUGGGCAGGGCCUCAGUCCGGACCGUCGGGCCUCGCUGCUCACUUCACUUACGCUGGUUAAGCGCGACUACCGCUACGAUCGGGUCCUUUUCUGGGGCCGUAUCCUCGGCCUCGUCGCCGAUUACUACAUCGCGCAGGGCCUGAGUGCAGACCAGCUCGCCCCGCGCAAGACGCUCUACAGCCUGAACUGCACAGAGUGGAGCCUCUUGCCUCCUGCCACAGAGGAGAUGGUGGUGCAGACGUCUGUGGUGAAGGGCCGCUUCACGGGGGACCCCUCCCAUGAAUAUGAACACACCGAGCUGCAGAAGGUGAACGAUGGUGAAAAGGUCUUUGAAGAAGAAGUAGUGGUCCAGAUCAAGGAAGAGACCCGCUUGGUGUCCAUCAUUGACCAGAUUGACAAAGCUGUGGCCAUCAUCCCCCGAGGUGCCCUCUUCAAGACCCCUUUUGGACCCAUUCAUGUCAAUCGGACCUUUGAAGGACUGUCCUUGUCUGAGUCUAAGAAGCUCAGUUCCUACUUCCACUUCAGGGAGCCUAUUGAGCUGAAGAAUAAGACCUUGCUUGAGAAGGCUGACCUGGACCCCUCCUUGGAUUUCAUGGACUCCCUGGAAUAUGACAUCCCCAAAGGGUCCUGGAGCAUCCAGAUGGAGCGGGGCAAUGCCUUGGUAGUGCUACGCAGCCUGCUCUGGCCAGGCCUCACCUUCUACCACGCUCCCCAUACCAAGAACUAUGGCUACAUCUACGUAGGUACUGGUGAGAAGAACAUAGACUUGCCCUUUAUGCUGUAGGAUGGGGGCCAGCCUAGAUGUUUUUUAUGUACAGUUGAUACAUUUUCAUAAAUUUCAGUGAAUCUGCCUUGUUUGUUUUGUCCUGCUUCCCUUCAU